UAACACCUUCCAGGUGAGCAGCUGCUCUGUAGCCAUGGCCUGGGCCCUCCUGUGUCUGGGCCUCACUCUGCUGGGGGCCCUGAAUAUUGAGGCUCUGGACUCUCUUCCUACCACGACCUCAAGUUCGCCUCUGAGCAACAGUCUCCUACUGCCAGAUUUCCAAUAUGAACAGGCUUUUCCUGUCACUAGACCUUUGCAGUUCAAGGGGAAUUGGCACCCCAUUGUUUGGGCACUGCAUACAAUUUGGAAUGAAAAUCAGAGCAAAGAAGCCUUGCACACUACCACCCACAAGCCGAAUGAUGACCACAGCUACAAUGUCACAUCUGACUGGCUCAGUGACUGGGAAUGUCCUCACAAGAGUAACAUUAUGUUCCCAAGUGACCAUCCUGGCCUAUUCCCCAUGGAAAAUGCUGCACGUAAUGAUGGAUUACAGAACUUCACUGUGAAAGUGCUAGAAACUGACCACAAACAGUUUGUAAUGGUGUUCUUCAAGAUGACUCUCCCAAACAUGGUGUACCUGGAGCAUACCCUCUAUGGGAGGACCAUGGAGUUGAGUCCUGUAGUGAAAGAGCACUUCCUCAAAGUUACCAGGUCUCUGGGCCUUCCUGAUGACCACAUCAUCUUCGCUGACCCUGAGGGUAAGGGCCAUCUGGAAUGAAGGGAAGGGAAUAUUGGGUCUGUCCUAGUCUGAUGUUACUCUACUAGGGAAAGGAGACAAGAGAGACU